AGUGUGGCCCUGCCCAAGAAACGACGUCCUUGGGGUCGGAUCGGUGACCAUGCGUGCGAGUGUGAUUCGAAUUCCUGGACGAAUCAGACAGCUUCUCAUUGGAUGGCUUCAAGGAACUUGCAGAGCGGUGAAACAAUUUCCAGCAUGGCCAGAUGCUGCAUCCGUCAGUCUUCGACCCUUUGAAGCGAAGAAAAGCAUCUAGGAUCUCUUGUGUUAUUCUAGUUCAUCUUCGCUUGGGGUGUGGAAACAUCUGUGUGCCGAAUAUUUGUCACUUUCAUUCACCCUCUUUGCGUGUCUGCGAGCAUUCGAGUUCGUUCUUGGCUUGCCAUUAGUCGUUGGGAUAGUUUACAAUUGUCGGUGCGUUCGGAUCCGCAGCAAGCCAUGAGGAUGGGGACGCAAACUUGUUUCAAGUCAUUCUGAAGUUCUUGUAUACCGUUUCUAGUGAGUUCAAAUUGUAAUCAUUGGCCAAGGUAUUGCUUUGUGCGAUAAAGUGGACAGACUGCUUGGCCCCACUCAUGUAAGCCGAUGCAGGGUAAUACUCGAUCUGGAAGUCCUUGGCUUGAAAUCACUGUGUCAGGGGAGUUUCUAAUUUCUUCAGGAUCAUUCAUUACUGAAGCACACCCAUUCGACACAAGUGUUAAGCUUGCCCAAAAAGAAACAGUGGAGAAACAAAUGUACAAGCUCUGAAUUACGCGUACCUAUAUAUAAUUGGACCUCCAUAGGUUGAGUGAAUUAAUGAACAGUUGUUCCAGAAACAAGUUGGAAAAAUGUAGACAAUGGAAUUCAAAGCAGCUUGUGGCGACAAAUAUUUGGCUUGGAAGACAAUUUUUUGAGUUAUUCCGACACGAUGGGAAGGCGUGUGGGACUUUGUGGGAUCAUGUGCUCUCCGCGAGGUGUUUUAGGGUGGUUGUUAGGGAUCACUCUUACGCUUGUCAUUCUUUCCCUCUCGAAAGGUCCAAUUCCAAUGGAGGUUGGACUUGUGAUAAACCGAUUUUGUCCUAGUUUAUGGCACGACAUGAAAGUGAGGAACGUGUUCGCUUUGAAGAAACAGAUGGAGAUGAACUUCUCGAAUCAAGCCAUCAUCAAGAAGAGCUACAACUGUUCCUCGCUCAUCAACCCAAUCAAUGACCCGAGUGCAAUCCCAGAGGGUGUUCCCCUCGCCUUUUCCAUCGUGUUCCACCGUGAGCUGUCCGUUCUGGCCACCCAAUUGGACAUGCUUGUCAAUGGUGCUCGCCAUGCCUUUUGCAUCCAUGUGGAUGCUAAAGCCAAGCCCAUUAUCCGAGAUUCGGUUCACAGAAUGGCCAAUUGCUACCGGCAACGCUAUCCAGGGAUCACCAUUAUCGUUCCCAACGAUACCAUUCCCGUGUAUUGGGGCCAUUUCAGUCUGCUACAAAGUGAUUUAUUGUGUGGACGGAGGCUUUACGAUUCGGAUCAUGAUUGGCAAUACAUGAUGUCCAUUGCUGGAACGGAAUUGCCGAGCGUUCCAUUGAGCAUCUUGGAGUCGAAGCUUUUGUCCCUGAAUGGACGAAGCAUUAUCCCGAGUGCCACUCCCUCAGGUCCCCAUUUCCAUGAACGAUUUUCUCAUGUCUGGGAACUCGAUCUAAAACCAACCACAUACUCAAGACCAAAUAGGAUCAGCGGUGGCGAUGAUCCUAAGAGACAGCCCAAAAUGACCCAGUCUAAAAUUGUCAAAAUACCCCCACCACACAAUCUGGUAAUUCUCAAAGGCAUGAGAAACGUGAUUUUAAAUCGCACCAUGGUGGCAUUCAUCCACUUUCAUCCUGUGGCCAAGAAUUUUCUCCAAUGGAUGUCCAAUAGUAUGAUUCCUGAAGAAGGAUUUUAUGCUACUUUGGCCCGUGUGCGCAUCUAUCAGGAUGAAUUUGUUACUCAAGACCUAGAGGCCCCUAAUGAUGAAGAAAUCCUAGUUCCCCGGCUGGCAUUUUGGGAGGGCCACUCUGAUCCUUGCUUUGGUGGCUACGUUCACGAUGUUUGCAAUUUCAACACGCAAGAUAUUCCUAACCUCGUCAAUGCAACCCAAUUUCAAACCUUUUUAUUUCUAAACAAAUUUGAAGCCACGAAGGACCCAUUAGCUCCAAUAUGUUGGCGAUCUCAUGUGGAAUCCCGUCUUUCUCUGAUUCCAGAGCUUCAUUCUACGGCUGUGAAAGGAUCUUCCUUGGAUUUCAGUGAUAUGAAGAUUAAUUAUAAUACAUAAGAGGAAAAAACUGA